GGCCGGGCGGGGCGAGCGGAGGAGAUGGCGACUUUCUUCGGGGAGGUGGUGGUGGCGCCGUCCCGAGCCGGCGUGGACGACGAGGAGGAGGCCCGGGAUGAGACACCCGAAGACCGGGAGAUUCGCAGGGAGUUGGAGAAGAAAAGGGAGAUCGACGUCCUGUGGACCUGGAAGUCUGCCGAAAGCGCUGCCGACGAGCAGCUUGUGUGCUCCAAAUUGAUCGUAGCGAUAGGACAUAACGCCGCAGCUUUCCUGUCUUCUUUUAUUCUUGAUUCUGUAUGUUGGGAAGUAGUUGGAGUUGUGAAGUUGUGGAACGAGUGGUGUCGAACAACCAGUACAACAAACAUCCUCCUGACAGAUUCUUUCUGUUUGUUCUACAGAUUAAUAGCAGAUCCAACAGUUUUGUUGUGCCAGUGUAGUUGUUAUGUUGCUGAGGAUCAACAGUUCCAGUGGCUUGAAAAGGUUUUUGGCUGCAUGCGGAGGGAGGGCUUGCAAGUAACCAUUCUUUCAACGUGUCCUGUAGCUGAUUAUAAAACUCAGGAAUCCACUUUAACACUUCCAUCUCCGUUUCUGAAAGCCUUGAAGACAAAAGAAUUCAAAGAGCACGUCUGCUGCCCACUGCUGGAACAACCUAACAUUGUUCGAGAUCUUCCUGCUGCUGUUUUGAGUUACUGUCAAGUGUGGCACAUUCCUGCUGUGCUGUAUCAGUGUUACACUGAUGUCAUCAAACUGGACACAGUUACAGUUGAAGCCUUCAAGCCUCUGCUUUCUUCUAAAACCCUGAAAAGUUUAGUCAAGGAUGCAUCUGAAAGCACAAAGAUUUUGAAGAAACUACUGACAACCAAUGAAAUUCACAAUAAUAUCUAUAUCUAGAGAGAACAUUUUUGACACAGACUGCACAGUUUCUUCCACAGAGGACAUUUUGGAAUUGUAAUUGUUUCCUUAAAAGUGGAAUAAAUUCCCGUAGAUUUUUA